AUGAGUCCAAAGAUCUUCAUCACAGGCAUAACGGGCUAUAUUGGAGGCUCUGUCUUUGACGCUAUCGUCAAACGCCACCCAGAGUAUGACGUCACCGCGUUUGUCCGCAAAACCCCUUCGGAUUUUGAAGUGAAAUAUCCAGAUGUCAAGCUCGUGUAUGGAACUUGGGACGACAGUGAAAUACUAAAGAAAGCUGCCUCGGAAGCAGACAUAGUAGUUCAAUGUGGCAAUUCCGAUCAUCUGGGAGCGGUGACAGCGCUUCUCGAUGGGCUGGUCGCUCGAGGGAAGAAGUCCUUUUACAUCCACCUGAGUGGUACUGGUAUCUUAUCAGACUUUAAAGACCCGGAAGGACCGGCAAACCGAGGGCGCCUGAGCCAGAAGGUGUACAACGAUCUUACGGGUAUUGCGGAGGUAAUUUCACGUCCGGAUGGCUCUUUGCAUCGGCAUACAGAUAAAGCCAUCCAAAAUGCUGCUGCUAAACACAAGGAUGUAUUGAAAACGGCCAUUGUGUGCCCACCUGACAUAUAUGGACGAGGUCAUGGUCCAGGAAAGAGAGAAAGUAUAUAUUUCCCGUUGUUCAUCGAUGAGAUCAAGAAGCUUGGAUAUGCUUUCUACAGCAGAGAGGGCGAGAAUUUGCGAGGAUGGGUGCACAUCGACGACUUGGUUGAUGUGUACAUUAAACUAAUCGAGGCUGCUGCUGCAGGUGGUGGAAAUGUAACUUGGGGACCCGAGGGAUACUUCUUCACUACGUCUCAAGAAGCGUCUCAGAAGGAACUGGCUACUGUAACAGGCCGCAUUCUACAUGCCAAGGGCCUCAUCUCCUCCUCUGAGCCAAAGUCUGUCAGUGAUGAAGUUAUUGAGCAGAUGUUGAAGGCCAUUCCGUAUCCUGACAUUGGUUUCUACAUGUUCUCAAAUAACUCACGUGCAAAGCCGGAAAGAGCAAAGAAAGAGCUGGGCUACGAGCCAAAGGCGCCAACUCUCUGGGAGACGGUCGAGGCGGACAUUGACGACGCACUUCGCGUGACGUAG